UCUCUUUUUUCCUUAGGUUUUUCUUCUUGACCCCACCUCUCCAAGGAUUCAGGUUUCUGAUUGGUGAAGCGGCGCUGUAGCUAACCAAUGGGAGUGCUAAGGGCGGGACCUGGAGGCUCCCCUUCCUCUUCCGUCUGAGCCCAGGGGUCCUUGAGCACCGAUUGGUGCCUCGGACCCCGCCCUCCCUCUGAUUGGCGACUCGGGCCCCGCCCACGCCCCGAUUGGCCUCCUGCGCUAGGGGCGGGACGUCUUAAGGUUAUAGCGACGGUCGAGGAGGCAGUGAGUACUGGGGGUUCCUGACCUCCGACCCCCGGGGACUGGGGGAGCAAGCGCAGACCCGUUGGGGGCUAGGCUGGCCUAGGCACGUGAGAGGAGCUCCGCUUCGAAUCCCGCUCCGGGGGUCGGGAGGCGGGCCGGUGUCCCUUGCCCUUUCUCUCCCGCGCCUCAGUUGCCCUUUCUACACAGCGGGGUCCCGAACCCUCCGAGGCUGGACGGCCUCCAGCCCCCCCCCAUCUCCUCCCCAGCGCAGCGAUGGCAACCGCCCGACCGGCCCUGGGCCGCGUGCUCCCCGGCUCUUCCAUGCUCUUCCUAUGCGACAUGCAGGAGAAAUUCCGAGGCACCAUCUCCUUCUUCCCCCAGAUCGUGGCCGUGUCAGCCCGCAUGCUCCAGGUGGCCCGGAUGCUGGACAUCCCAGUCAUGCUGACGGAACAGUACCCCACGGGCCUGGGUCCCACAGUCCCGGAGCUGGGGGCUCAGGAUAUCCGCGCAGUGCCCAAGACAUGCUUCAGCAUGGUGGUGCCUGAAGUGGAGCGGCUGAUGAAUGCCAGGCCUAGCCUGCGGUCAGUGCUGCUGUGUGGCAUCGAGGCCCAAGCCUGUAUUAUGAGCACAGCCCUGGACCUUCUGGAGAGAGGCCUCGACGUGCACGUGGUGGCCGAUGCCUGCUCCUCCCGGAGGCCUAGCACUGUGCCUGGUACACAGCAUCGGUGUUGGGGGAAUUCUUCAGAUCGGGCAUGUAGCCACACUCCCUCACCCAUUUCUCAGAGCCAGAGGCUGGAGCCCAGGUCGCCCAGCCUAGUACCACUCGAUCUCCCGCCGUGGGAGAGGCGAGAGAUCUCCAAGCACGAUCCGCCCCUCCCCCCCACCGCGCUUCCUCUUCCAGUCAGGUGGACCGGUUGCUGGCUUUGUCCAGGAUGCGCCAGAGCGGGGCCUUCCUCACCACCAGCGAGUGCCUCAUACUGCAGCUGGUGCGCGAUUCUGCCCAUCCGCGCUUCAAGGAGGUGCAGAAAUUAAUUAGGGAUCCAGCCCCCGAUAGCGGACUGCUUGGCUUGUUCCAGGGCCAGAGCCCCCUCCUCAACUGAACACCCCCAAACCCCCUUCACACACGCAUCCAGUGAACAGCCAGCGCUGGAUGUUGAGCCUGGAUCCCCUCUCCUGGGGGCGAAGGUCUCUGUCCCGGGAGAGGGGAAAGCUUCCCCCUCGAGACGGAACCACCUCCCUCCCCCCCCACCUCAGCAGAAAGCACCGGUCCCAUUGGCCGACCGCCUCCCUCUAUGCAAAUGAGCUCUUGAAAACAGGGAGGAGAUUGGCUAGGCCCUGGAGGGGGCGGACUGGGGGGAGGUGACCCUCCGAGACUGGUUCGGGGAAUAAAGCUUUCUUCCACAUA